CGGCGGCGGCGGAGUAGUGGUGGGCGCAGCGGCGCCGUCUUUGUUGAUGAGGAUUGCGGCGGACGGCCGGAGCAGCUGCGGGAAAGUAGUGACGUGUACGCGAGGGACUGGUUGUUGCUUGGGGGACUUGAAAAGAUGACAGUGGGUAGCCUCGCAGAGGGGGCUGGCGGUGUACCUGUUCCCCCGGCCUGUGGAGGUGUUGGAGGAGGAGGAGGAGGAGGAGGAGGAGGAGGAGGAGGAGGAAGUGAUUCCAGUCUGGGAGUGAUGAUAACCAACAUGGUCUUGAAGACGAACGCCCAAUGCGAUGCGUCCAUGUCAGCUGCUGCUAAUCGCUUUGAUGGGGAGGAUGCUACAGUGGCGCGGGGCCUGCCUGGGGCGGUUUCUCUUUCUUCCUCCCCUCCUCGGCCUCCUCUUCCUCCCCAGUUCUCGUCUCCUCCUGCUUCUUCUUCUAUUCUGUCCGGUGGCGGGUUUGCGUCAGCGGGAGGAGGGGGAAGAGGGUGGUACGGGAGUUACGUUGGCGCAGGAGUUUCGCGGCCGGCGGGGGCCGGCGGCGGCGGCGGCAAUCUUCUUCAUGGCGGUGUGACUUUGACAUCGACGCAGGCGUCCGAUCUGAGAAAGGCGGGAAAUUACGCGGAGUGGGGGGUGCUCGGGUCUGCGAAGCUGGGAGUUGGCGGUGGGCGGGAGUCUGUGAAGCUCUCCCCCGCGCUAUCGUCGAUGACUUUCGUGGAUGGCAGAAGUGGGGAGGUCGGGGGAGGUCCGAACCCGGCCGCCGCCGCCGCCGCUGCCGCCGCCGCCAGCGCCAGCGUCCCGCUAGCCGCGGCUGCUGCGGUAACGACGGGCACGGCGGCGAAGUCGACGUCGGGAGAGGGACUGCGGCCGCAGCAGCAGUCGCUUCAGCAGCUGAGCGCUCCGCAGACCGUGCGGAGAUCCCAGAUCGGCGCAAUUGGUGAACUUAUGGCGGGGGGAAUAGCGGGGGCGUUCAGCAAGACGUGUACGGCGCCUCUGACACGGCUCACCAUUCUCUUCCAGGUACAGGGGAUGCAUAAUCCACAGAUGUGGGUUCGCCAUCCAACUCUAUGGCAGGAGAUCACGCGGAUAAGAAAAGAAGAAGGUAUCCGUGCGUUUUGGAAAGGAAAUACGGUGACAAUUGUACACAGGCUUCCAUACUCCUCGCUGAACUUCUACGCUUAUGAGAAAUACAAAGCGUUCUUGGUGAAGUCCUUGGGGAAGGAAGGUGGGGACCACACUCUUGGUGUCGGGAUGGGCUUGAGGCUGUUGGCAGGAGGGGCUGCUGGAAUCACUGCGGCAUCAGUCACCUACCCAUUGGAUCUUGUCAGAACACGUCUGGCAGCGCAGACAAAAGUCAUGUACUACAGGGGCAUUUCCCACACCUUGAAGACGAUAGUAAGGGAAGAGGGCAUGCGCGGAUUGUACAAGGGUAUGGGUGCAACUCUUCUGCAAGUAGGGCCAAGUAUUGCAAUCAAUUUCUCUGUGUAUGAAACGCUGAAGAACUUCUGGAUUUCACAUUCUCUCUCCAAAAGGUCUGAUGUGCCAGCUGGUACCCCGGUUACAGUAAGUCUUGCUUGUGGGUGUCUCUCUGGAAUCGCGUCUUCCACAGCCACUUUCCCGCUGGACCUGGUGAGACGGAGGAUGCAGUUAGAGGGUGCGGCAGGAAGGCCUCGAGUGUAUCGCUCAGGUAUUAUUGGUACAUUCACAAAGAUUAUCAGGAGUGAAGGUUUCCGCGGUCUAUACAGAGGGAUGAUCCCAGAGUAUUGCAAGGUCAUUCCUGGUGUUGGAAUUGCUUGGGUGAGUUACGAAUGCAUGAAGCGCUUGUUGAAGCCAUCAAGGACGAAGGAAUAAUUAAUUAACAGGUUUGGAUUUUUCCGUGUUCCCGUUUUCCUCACCAUCGCUCCUUCAAAUCACUUGAAAGGACACCGGUUCUUGUGCAAGAUAUAGCACUCGCUCUGAGUUUCGUCCAUCAGCAAGGUGUGGUCGACCGAUCCCGCACCCUUGUAGGAAUGCCACAGCUAUUUCUCCGAACAAGCGAGAUGCGUCGGAGAUGCGUCGCGUAAAGUCUCUAUGAGGAUGCCAAGCAGCCUUGAAGUCGCUGGCAGGGGCGCGUUAGUUACUGGGCGUACUUUUGGUUUUAGGGUUUCCUGCUGAUCGAACAUUGCGAAUACAAUUUUAACGCGCCCCGGCCAGGUACACUCUGUCGCUCGGAGCAACUUAAAAACCAAGUACGCAAUGUGUGGGAAGACAGAGUGAAAGGAUGAUUCUGCAAGGUGCGAAAAGUAUUUUUGACUCACAGGAAGCGAAAGGAUGAUAGUGCUCAACGAGUGAGCAGCACAUUUCAUAUGCAGUGUGUGAAUAGAAGAAGGUGACUUGUGUAUGCUUUUUGGCAGACGGCAUUAAACGUGGGACUGCGAUGCUUCCUUCACAUGCGCUGCGUUCAUCACAGACAGUGCCUUGCCUUCUCCCAUGUGAAUCAGAAGGUGCCUUCUAUCCGUCGCGAGGGCGGCAGUGUGCUCUACCAAACUCUUCCCUCCCGUCGGUGAGCCAAAAUAAUGCACCAUGCGAAGCAGACGGUUCUUGGGUGAUGGGGCAUUUCUUGGUCAAUGUGUGAAAGGGACAGUGGCCCGAUGCAAACUUGUGAAAUUUUUACAACAUGCUAGCCUGACGGGUUCUUUGCUGAGGCGUAAAUGCCAUGGUUCCCGCAAAUUGUUGCGACGGGAGGCAUGCUGUGCACCGUGUGAAAGGGAUGGGAGGGUCUUUCAGCGGACGGAGUGGAGAAACGCUGGCAAGCAACGCGGCAGUGAGAGAUGUGCAUGCCAUACAUUAUUCAUUUGCUGCCUGGUGGUCAUUUGAAGCGAUAGCAGGCGAGGAUCUAGGAGCCUACUCGGGGGUGCUUUAUGAGGAGAAGGGAGGGGCGCAGCGGGAGGAGAGGGGACGUGGGGGAGGGGAGAUUCAUCCUUGAGAUGCAGUCAGAGGCAUACUGGAUGGACCAUGAUGGUCGGUGAGAGCAAGCCGUUCAUCGUGCCCACAGUGACUUCAUUGCGGGUAUUCGAAGCUGCACCAAGAGCACAUGGAUGCAGCUUAGGGUGGCCUGAUGAUGACUGCUGGACAUGAUUUCACUUUGUGGCAAAGGGCGCUUCCGUAAUGAAUCAUGCUCCCAAAUCACCGACUGCUGAGGAGGAAUCGUCCUUUUCUUCUGCCGUGUUCUGUGCGCAGCUUGCUGAGGCCCAUGGGAGGUGGUAGAAGAUUUAUCUAAGGGCCCUCUCAAUCCAUCCACUUUCAUCUCAGUUGAGAUGUUGCGAGUGCUAGUAAAGGAGAUCAAGUGGCGAAUGGUAGGUGGUGGGUGGUGGGUGGUGGCCGGGUGGGCUUCCAUUGCCUAGCAGCACCAUUACCGUCUGUCUGUUUAGAGAAAAGGGAUGGUGGUUCCCAACAACAUAAGCAUGGAUGAGUUUGAAGCGCUGACUUCAACUCGACAUAACAUAGAACUCAUCAGACAAAAGUGAUGCUUGAGCUACGGCACUACGAGGUGGUGCCGGAAGAUCUGCUCUUGCAUUCUGGCUAGGAAUAGCAUGGCCAAAUUGGGCAAGAGUUGUUAGAUUGGGCAGAAGCCCCAGCACCUAUAUCUUCGGCGACUCCCUCCCUUCGAAAGUGGCUCCAAAGAUGGGUGGCUAGUUUCAACCACAAAGGCGGCGGGGUUAGUUUUGUCUGCAAAGGUGGGUGGGUUACUUUUUAACUUUGAACCACAAAGGCGGUGGGGUUAGUUUUGUCUGCAAAGGUGGGUCGGAUAGCUUUUAACUUUUAACCACAAAGGCGGUGGGGUUAGUUUUGUCUGCAAAGGUGGGUCGCUGAAGUUUUACCGGCAAAGGCGGGUCGGUUCGUGUGGAGGUACCCAGUCUGAUUUUGUAGCCAAACUUGUGGAGAUUGGAUGGAGGCUAGGUGUCCUGCAGUUCUUCCCCUAUGAUGUUUUCUUGCCGUGAAGAUGCAACUUUGUUCAUAGUCUCUGUCCCCUUGGACAACAGCAGUUGGAUGAUUUGUGGUUCUCCAGAGAAAGCAUGCAAGAUGAGGCGAUGUGUACAGCCUGCGUUCGGUAUGUUGAUCGGUGUGCAGUUCCAAGUUAAAAUAAAAAAAACUUCAUUGAGAAAGAGCUUAUCUGACCUUAGCAGGCCUUUGGAGCAGCAGCCUUGCUUCUCGUCUCCUCUCCUUGUUGCGUGUUCAUUUUGCCUGGUCUCCCCUGUGAAGAGGAGGCCAGCUUGUUUGAUUUCUGUUUAGCUGGCUAACGGCGAACAGAAUUUGGGCAGAGGUGGACGUCGAUGGAAGGUGUGUGUGGAGUGUUGUUCUGCCUAGAUGUUGGUUGAUAUCUGUUAUGCCAUCUCCGAGCCUUUGGCUCCUGUUAGGAGAGACUUAGAAAAGGAGUGUCGAUAUGCAUGCAGAGGGGGGGGGGGGAGGAUGGGAUGGGAUGGGAUGGUCAGAUGAGGUGUGCAGGCAAUAAGCCUGGGGGACGAAGACUCAAGUAUGCAGGAAGGCAGCCAUGCCCUUGCUGUGUUGAGGACAGAGAGGUGGAGCCAGCAUCAAACUUUUACUGGUGGUCACACUAUAGAGCGAGCAGGUCAUCAUGCAAUGAAGGUUUGUGUAGAACUUUGUUUUGGUUUGCAGUACUCAGAAAGGUAGGUUAUGCGCGCCAUGCUCCGGUCAGAAUAUCCAUUUUGUUAACAACGUCUAUAUUCUGAUUUGUGGCAUGAAUGAAGAAAGUCAAGGAGUGCUAUUAGUUCUUCUUUCUGAUUGCAUAUCGCUAGUGCUCGAGGACCCGUCGAGGCCAAGAAACCUUCGGCACCGAUGUCCUUAACGUAAAUGUGGCUGCCGCAGUAAAAUAGUAAAAUUUCUGUUCUGCCGAACGAAGGUCUAGGGGGAUGGGUGCUGUGAAACCCUACUGCCACUUGGCGCACUUGUUGGGUGGCUGUCGUUGCAUGUGCCGCAUGCCUGUCUUCGUCUGUGAAUUGUACUUAAGAUUCUUUGCUGCCGUUUUGCGAAGAAAGGUCAAAUUUGAAAUUUCACAGCUGAGCGUCAAAUUUCACUCGGAAAUUUCAUGGCCGCCUGCUUUGCCACCGCAGGGGGUGAUGCAGAUCAGAUCUGAUCUGUGAACAAGCAUCACACCCAUUGCCCGGAUUCGCGACUCCUGGUUCGAUCUAUGCGAUGUGUCCAGUCGCAUGGGUGAUGGAUAGGUAUAGGUAACCUCGUUGUAUUGUAGUGUAAUAUUUGCCUUUCCGCUGUAGGCACUGGAAAGGGCGUACGUGGUAUAGGACUGUUUAGCUUGCUGGCGCUUUGAAAUGUUCUGUACCUGAGUGUAUCAUUUCCUUCAUCUUGGUCUUUGAUUGCUCUGCGGCAAUGAAUGGCCAAUGUCGAGGCGGCAUUCUGAGCAGCUUGUUGCGCAGCCGCCACACUGGAUGGGGAGGGGAAGGAGGGGAGGACUUGUCGUCACCAGUUAUUGAUGAAUUAUGUGUGUAAGGGCAGCCACCACACACUGGAUGGGAAGGAUCAGAAAGCAGGUGUGCGGGCGAUCACAGGCCUCUUGUGGCCAAAGGGCGCCAGUUUGAUUCCGUGCGUGCACGGAUGGAUCCGAAGCUAGCAAGUACUGAUCAGUACCUACUACAUGCACAGAGCAUGGCGGAGGCUUCGCAGGAGGAACAAGAGAGGUUUGACAGCAAUGAAGAAAGGUAUGCCUCCUGGCUUGGUUCUGCUUCUUCUUUUUUUCUGUAUAAUGUGUACUUGGCUGCCUUUCAGUCGUAGUAGAGCUGCAUGCUGGGUGCGGGCGGAAGCCCGUUGGAUGGAAUCAUGGGAUGGAUGGAUGGAGAUAGCCAUGCAUGCAUGGUGAUGAGCUUGUGUCUGCUGCCAUCCCUUGCAAGAAUCAGAGCUGGAACAUGUCUCACCCGUCCCCCGUGGGGAUGCGAAAAAAUGGGCCUUUUGCCGAUAUUGUGAAAGAUCUUCCGCACACCAUCUCAUGGUUUAUGGUUGAUCGAUCAGUCUGCCAGCUUGUGUUGUGCUCUUGCCACAAAUCUGGGAUGUUUCUUAAGUCCAAUUUCUGUGAUUGUACUGUAGUCAUUCAGAUCGAUUGAUUGAUUGAUUGAUUGGUCCCUGGAGUCGUCAAGUUCGUAAUUACCCGUUCCAACUUUUUAACUAAAGGAUUAUAUGAAGCAGGGCAGUGUUCCACGAAUGUUUGCUUUGGCUUAACAUA